AGUGAAUGAUUUCCCCCGGGGCGGAGCUGGGCCUCGCCGCGACCCACCUGAGCCCACGGCCGCGCCGCCUGUCAGCACUGCCCCGGCACUGGGGACCAUGGCCACGGAUUCAUGGGCCCUAGCGGUGGACGAACAGGAAGCCGCGGCUGAGUCGUUGAGCAACUUGCAUCUUAAGGAGGAGAAAAUCAAACCAGAUGCCAAUGGUGCUGUUGUUAAAACCAGUGUUAAUGCAGAGAAAACAGAUGAAGAAGAGAAAGAGGACAGAGCUGCUCAGUCUUUACUCAACAAACUCAUCAGAAGCAAUCUUGUGGAUAACACCAACCAAGUAGAAGUUCUGCAGAGGGACCCAAACUCCCCUCUCUACUCAGUGAAGUCUUUUGAAGAGCUUCGCCUGAAACCACAGCUUCUCCAGGGAGUCUAUGCUAUGGGUUUCAACCGUCCAUCCAAAAUACAAGAGAAUGCAUUGCCUUUGAUGCUUGCUGAACCCCCACAGAACUUAAUUGCCCAAUCUCAGUCUGGUACUGGUAAAACAGCUGCCUUUGUGUUGGCCAUGCUCAGCCAAGUAGAGCCUGCAAACAGCUAUCCCCAGUGUCUCUGCCUCUCUCCAACCUAUGAGCUUGCUCUUCAAACAGGAAAAGUGAUUGAACAGAUGGGCAAGUUUUACCCUGAACUGAAGCUAGCUUAUGCUGUUCGAGGCAAUAAAUUGGACAGAGGUCAGAAGGUCAGUGAGCAGAUUGUCAUUGGCACCCCCGGGACCGUCCUGGACUGGUGCUCCAAGCUGAAGUUCAUUGACCCCAAGAAGAUCAAGGUGUUUGUUCUGGACGAGGCUGACGUGAUGAUAGCAACUCAGGGCCACCAAGACCAGAGCAUCCGCAUCCAGAGGAUGCUGCCCAGAAACUGCCAGAUGCUGCUCUUCUCUGCCACCUUUGAAGACUCAGUGUGGAAGUUUGCCCAGAAGGUGGUCCCAGACCCCAACAUCAUCAAACUUAAGCGUGAAGAGGAGACUUUGGACACCAUCAAACAGUAUUAUGUCCUUUGCAAUAACAGAGAGGAGAAGUUCCAGGCCCUGUGCAACCUGUAUGGGGCCAUCACCAUCGCCCAAGCCAUGAUCUUCUGCCAUACCCGCAAAACAGCUAGCUGGCUGGCAGCAGAGCUCUCCAAAGAGGGCCACCAGGUGGCUCUGCUGAGUGGAGAAAUGAUGGUGGAACAGAGGGCAGCUGUUAUUGAGCGCUUCCGGGAAGGCAAAGAGAAGGUCCUGGUGACCACCAACGUGUGUGCCCGUGGUAUUGAUGUUGAACAAGUGUCUGUCGUCAUCAAUUUUGACCUUCCUGUGGACAAGGACGGGAACCCAGACAAUGAGACCUACCUGCAUCGCAUCGGGCGCACUGGCCGCUUUGGCAAGAGGGGUCUGGCAGUAAACAUGGUUGACAGCAAGCACAGCAUGAAUAUCCUCAACAGAAUCCAGGAGCAUUUUAAUAAGAAGAUAGAAAGAUUGGACACAGAUGAUUUGGAUGAGAUCGAGAAAAUAGCCAACUGAGAAGCUUCACCAGCGACUGGCGCCACCCUCAGCACUGUCCCUGCCUGGGAGCCUAGUGCUUUCAUGGCAAAGGCCUUGACAGGCACCUCAAAGACCAAGGCCUGAGUAGAGACUACCUACCUCAUUCAGAAUCAUGUUUGGACUUGACAGAAAUUUGUGCAAAUGAUGGGGGAUGGUAGAAAAUUUGUUUACACAACUUUGGAAGAUUAGGCAUGAAUACACAGAAAUUUACCUUUUAGAAGUUCCGUCUUUUUUUUUUUUUGGCCAGUAUUUCUCCAUCAUCACCUAGUCUAGAUAAUAUGCCCACGAUUCCUUAUGACAAACUUUAGCUGUUCUUUGACUCAGAGUAUGCAGACCAGCCUUGUGGAAGUGACAGCACAAGAGAAAGGAGGGCUCACAGAGGCAGAGUGGCCCAGUAGGUUAGAUAUGUAAGACAGUGUCAAGAGGAUGUCAUGAGGAGUUGGCCUGUGAGCUGCUGCUUAGGACUUGGUUGCUAUGACUAAGCUGAGUGCCCAGAGCCCUGCUAACUCAUUCCAGGAAGAAAUUUACUAUGUUGGACCAAAAUGCCUUUGGGGCCUCUCUAUUCAGGUUUGUGCCUCAGGAACAUAACCUGUUCUUUUUAGCAGGGAGCAAUCUAUGUGCAGUAAAAAUCUGGUUAUUAGUUGGUUCUGGGCUCAUACUUUUGCAAGACCCGUGGAAAAGUCAUCACACAAAAAGUGUCAUGGGUUACUUGCAUCAUCGUCUUUACAUCUGUAACAUCACCUUAACCCUUAGUAGUGCCAGACAAAUAAAAGGGUACCUGAGAUUUGGAUACUCAGUGGAUACUGUAGCUUCAAGUUUCUGAUGGGCAGCUUCAAUCUAAGCAAGUCUAGACAUGAUCAGCAGUUGUCAAAAAUUCUUGCUUUGCAUGCAGUUCCAAAAGAUAGUUCUGCAGAGCUAGGGAAUGCUUACAGACAUUGGGCAUCUUGAUUCUAAAGGGAUUCUGAUCAUCUGUGUUCACAGUGCCUGGAAUGAAUACAAAGGAGUGUGAUGAGGGACAAGAUGGACCACAGCCAUUUAUCUGUCCAAGACAAGAAUAAUCGCCAAGCAUUUGCUCCUUUCUUACUUGGCACCUGUGAGUAGAGUAGUAAAUGCAAACAAUAGAAAUGGAGAAUUCCUCACACCUGGCUAGGCCAUAGCUGCCCACAAAGUGACAGCAGAAACGAAACAAGCCAGAAGGCAUCAUCUUCAGUUCUUUGACUUGGACAUGGAGUGAUUCCUCUUUCUAGGAUUUUUUUUAAUGUAUGUGUUGUGCUGGGACUCAAACCCAGAGCCUUACAUAUGCUAGGUAAGCACUUUACACUGAACUAUUAUUAUUACCAGCCAUGGAAGAGGCAUUUUCUGUGCUCCUAUAUCUUAAGGCCAGCUCCAUCACCUGGGCAUUUGACUGAAUAGAACUCUUUGUUUGCUCCUGGCCAACUUUGAUCUAUCUUAGGAGUCUUAAAAGGAGAGAAGAAGUUUUUUGUUUUCCCAAAAUCCUGUGAACCAAACCUGACAUAACUAAAAACAAGGACUAUACUUGAAGAAGCGUGUAGCCUCUCCCUAAGUAUGAAGAGGAGGAUGGGGAAGUUGUGCUGCAGACUCUCCAGUGGCUUCUGGUGGAAGUGUAGCUCACCUGGUCUUAACUUAGUGUCUUGGACCUCUGAGAAUUCACUGGCUGGGUUCAUGAUGUCUGUGAAGUGUAUGCAUUAGUUUGAGUUUAAAUAAUUUUUUGGGAGGACUCAAAGGAUUACACAUGUUUUUAAAAAGGUAAGCCCCACAAUUGUGGAUGAUUCUGGAAUGUCACUGUGGGCCAUAGACCUUCAUGGUCCACACUCAUUCCUGCCAUCACCUGUCCCCCAGGGCCAGCCUUGCCUGUCAGGAGUCUAAGAAUAUGUUGAGCUUGCCAAGCCUUGGGCCCAGGGAUUCUUUGACUGAUUUCAAUAAAGUUAUGUAUCUAUGGAAUGAUAAACUGAACCUUAGAACAAAGAAACUCGGGGAAAGAAGAGAGACGCUCAGGGAAAGAAAUGUUUUUGUCUAAUGAAAAGUUUUGUGAUGUUCAUUAUCUACAAUAGGUUUUAUUGUUUUGGUUUUUUUUUUUUUUUUUUUUUUUUUUUUUUUUUUGCUUCAAACUCCACAGAUUCCUGCCUCAGUUUCCUGAGUGCUAGAAUUACAGGUGUGCACCAUCAUGCCAUACUGAGGUAUUCUGUUCCGAGUAUCAUUUAUUGGUUGUAUACAUAAGGUCUAAUCAAUUGUUGAGACAUAGACUUUGUUUAUUUGAGGCAGGGUUCUCUAUAGCUUUGGAUAUCCUGGAACUGGCUCUGUAAUAGACCAGGCUGACUUUGAAUUUGGCCUCUGCCUCCCAAGUGCUGGGAUUAAAGGUGAGACAUAGUUUUUACUGAUGUUAAUUAUGAUGUGUUCUUGUUACUAAGACUUUAAUGAUUAUAAGAAGGAAGUAGCAUUUUGUGGUUGUUGCUAUUAAGUGAAGUCACAUGUUUGCCUUAGGCUAAUUAUUACCUAGUCAAGUCUAUUUCAAUUGGUACUGUUCUAACAUGUGUUUCUGGGAAAUCUCCAUUGACCCAGGAUUCUGCUCACUUGCAAGAGGGACACAAACAGGCACAUACCUCCUACCCCACUGCAGUAAAACGGGAUUCAGGCUAACUAGCCAGAUAAAGGUCAUUGCUGGUAAAUUCAGUCUGUAGAUAACAUCCUACUAAUCUGAGGGGGCCGGGGAAGGACAUAAAUAGGGCAAUAGGGCUACAGACCAAGAGUGAUGGUCCACAUCUAUCCAUCCCAGCAUUAUCAAGAAUGAUGGUCCACGCCUGUCCCAGCAUUAGCAGGAGUGAUGGUCCACACCUGUCAAUCUCAGCAUUAGCAGGAGUGGGGUUUGAAUAUGAGAAAGCAGUCUUGUGACAAGAGGAAUCUAGCCCAAAAAUAUUAAGACUAAAGCUUAGAAUGGUGAAACAUGCCUGUAAUCCCAUUGUUUAGGGAGUGAUAUGAAGAUCAAGAGUCCAGGGUCAUCUUUAGCUACAAAGAGAAUUUGAGGCCAGCCUGGUCUACAGGAGAGCCUAUGGCAGAAAGCAAAAGACUAGAAUAAAAAGUACUAGGUACAGUGGUGCAUAUCUAUAAUCCCAGCACUCAGGAGGCUGAGGAGAAUUGCUGAGUUCAAAGUCAUCUUGGUUACAUAGAUGUAGGCCAGCCUUAGCAAUAUUUGUACUUUUUAACUCCAAAGUCAAUUGACAAAGCUAAAAGAGAUAUACUAGGAAGACGGAGUUCAACCUGGCCAGGUGUGGAAGAGGAAAGUCAAGGUUCACAGAAUAAAAUGGUUUUUUGUUGUUGUUGUUGAUUGUGAGAAUCUCACUAUUUAACACAGGCUGGCCUGGAAA